AUGUAUUAGCUUACAAAAUAAUUGGUUGAUUUUCGUAGGAAUCAAUUUCUAAAUUAAGGACUUCAGACAGAAUUCACUAUUCAAUCUGAAAAUACGUAUGGAUAUUAUUAAAAUGGAUAGAAACAAAUUAGUGAGUGUUGGGUCACAAUUAAAAAAUCUAAAUAAUAUUGAGAAGUAACGAUAUCUAAGACCUGAAUCAUCAUACGAUGAGAGUUCAGGGGAAUCUAGUGUUAUGUGUGAACAGAAUCGUUAAAAAAGAUUAAAUGUAGAUGAUGUUGUUUCCAUGGUGAUUGAUACAGAAUGUAAUCAAACCAUAAAGUUGGAAGCAAAACCAUUUUAGAAAAAGUAAUAUUAAAUAAUAAUUAGUAAUCGAGUGGAUCAAGAGUGGGAAUCAUAAAAAUCAAUAAUAAUAAUGAAUAUUGAUGAAGAGGCCAUAGACAAUCUAGAUUUAAAUGAAUUUUUUGAUGAAUAGUAUACAAUUUUAUGAAUUG